UGUUACAUCUGUCGUAUGGCUAUGACCACUUCAUACCCUCCUCAGCCAGCCAUGUGCAUACCCUGCGGUUCCUUCAACCACUCUUCUUCCAUGCUUUCGACCCCAUCAAAGCUGAUCUUGCCACAUACCUUCACCGCGCUCGUAACAGGAGCGAGAGUCAAUCUUGGCUACCACACGGCAUUGCGUCUUCUGCGUUGCGGUGCCCGAGUAAUCGUCACAACACGGUAUCCGCUUGAUGCUAUAUCGCGGUAUAUCGAAGAGCCUGACUCCCAUGUAUGGAAGGAUAGAUUGAAAGCAAUAGGUGCAGAUUUCAGGUGUGCGAAGGACGCGCACGAUUUGGUGCAUGAAACGAAACAAUGUCUGAAGCAAUGGGCUCAUGGAGGGGACGUGAGAUUGUCCGCAUUGAUCAAUAACGCAGCGCAGACACUUACAGACAGCGUGAAAAGAGAAGAACAUGCCAUAGAGCGAGAGAAGGCUUUGGGUAAACGUUUAGUACACCGGGAACUAUUGAUUGAGGGGAGUUACACAACCAGAGUGCGAGGACGAGAACUGCCAAUGAGACUGCUAAACGCUGGGUCGACUAGUGUGCCUCCAGAGGGCUCUCUGGAAGAACAAACAGGCGCUGCAGGCUCGGGAGACAUACUCGAUAUGUCGUACAAAACAACCACACAAGUAGAGCCCUACACCAAAUCCUCCUGGGUGCAAUCUAUAUCUGAGAUACCAUACGAAGACGUUGGUUCCGCUCUCUCAGUCAACACGUUCGUCCCUUUCAUCCUUUGCCGGGAACUCCUUCCUCUUAUGGGCUGCAGUAGUAUUGAAAAACCUACCAAGCCUCAAGGCUACAUAAUCAACGUCUCUUCCCGCGAAGGCAUAUUCGAGUCUCACACCUCUUCAUCUGCAAAACGAGGCAAACACGUCCACACCAACAUGUCCAAAGCCGCACUCAACAUGCUUACCGAGACAGAAGCAGAGCCUGCUUGGCGCAAGAAGCGUAUCGCCAUGAACACAGUGGAUCCGGGAUACAUGAGUGCGGCGCCUGAGUAUGAAGAUGCUUUCGAGGGCAUGAGGCCGAUUGGCUGGGAAGACGGGGCUGGGAGGGUGUUGUGGCCGAUUGCUGUGGCGGAGAUGGGAGAGAGAGUUGUUUGGGGAAGGUUCUUGAAGCACUAUGGAGCUGUGGAGGGGGAG